CGCGCCGCGCGCCGCUCGCGUCGCGCCACCUCGCUCGCGGAGACACACCGCGGGCGAAGCGAACCCGCGGAGCGUCGCGCAUGACGCGCGCGCGCGCGUGAGAGCACAGGCGGAAACCGCGCGACCGCGCGUGACGUGCUACGGUACCAUGCGCGCGGACGCCCCUUCGGGGGUGGGGACGGGGUCGGGGACGGGGACGGGGAUGGGGACGGGGAUGUCCCCGGCGCCGGCGCCGGCGCCGUUCGCCGCGUCCGCGCCCUCGCCCUCGCCGACGCCGAGGACCGGCGGUGCGCUCUCGAGCGUCGCCGCGACCGCGACGCCGUUCGUCCCGGCGUCGUCCGCCGCGCCGUUCGCGCCGUCGUCGUCGUCGUCGUCGUCGUCGUCGUCGUCGUCGUCGUCGCGAUCCCGGGGACCGGGGACCGGGGACCGGGGACCGGGGAUCCCGGGGGCCGCCGUCGAUCCGUCGCCCGCGGCGUCCGCCAACGCGACGACGCAGCGCGAACGCGAACGCGCGCCGCCGCUGCGCACCCCCUCCGGCGGCGGCCUCCCGCGCGCGGGCGCGACCGGCGUCAGCGCCACCUACGCGGAGGCGAAGCACGCGCAGCUCACGCGGAAAGACCUCCCGACCGCGCUCACCCUCAUGGUGGCUGAGAUCGAGAGACGCGGCGAGUGCGCGCAGUCCGCGCUGAAAGACCUCGUGUGCAUCUUGAAACAGAUGGGGCGGCACGACGACGCGGUGCGCGCGAUCGAGCGCUAUCGCGGCGCGUGGCCGAUGGACGAGCGGUUGCAGGAGAGCCUGGAUAACAUGCUGCUCGACCUGUACAAGCACUCGCGGGAUUUAGGCGCGUUCUCAUCCAUCACACUGGUCCCCGUACGACCGCGUUGGCGUGGUGAACGCCGUUCCUUGAGGACUUUAUUUCCCGGCGCAUCUCUCCGCCCAGGGUCCCUUGCGUUCAAUCCCGACGCACACACCUCGACGCCUUUCAACUCCGCUUCUGACGCCUUUCAACUCCACCCCGACGUUCGUCGCUUUGAACGAUGGAACGACCCUCAGACGGACAGAUCGAAGUCACCGGAAAUCUCAUCGCGUACUCGCUGA